AUGUUUUGGGGUUUAAAAAAAAAGGUCUUUGUAUUAUUAUGCUUCUAUCCAUAUGUAAACUUGGUAAAUUCUGACAAAACUGUUAAUAUAGCUAGUACAUUGACUAGCGGUUUGGCUAGUUCAUUUCCCACCGCAUUAACUAGCGUCGCCACAGAUUCAUCAAAUGCCUUAUUAAAUACAUCUGUUAAACCGAAAGGUUCGAACAUGCAUACAUGUCAAUCAGCUGGAUGUUCAUCAUAUAAAAAUAUCAUUAAUCAUAAUGAAGGGGAUUGUUUAAAUGGUUUUAUAUGUAAAGAAUGUAAACAGACACAUGCUAAAAAUCCAAAUAUUUGUUUUUAUUCAUCUUUGGAGGAAUAUGAAAAUUUAUAUGAAGGACUUCUGGAAGAAUUCACACAAACACCAUAUGAUAAUUUUAAAAUUCCGUUAGAACAAUCAAGAAGUGAUAAAGGCAGUAAAAAUGACGAGUCGAAUGACAAUGUAAUAAAUUCAUCUCUUGAUGACGAGAAGGAAAAUAACAAGAGUAAGAAGAACCACAGUCCUACAGAAGAAGAUGCAGAAGAAGAUGCAAGAAAUGAAAGGAAAUAUAAGCGAAAGGGUAAUAGUUCUACUGAGGAAGCAGAUGAUGAGGAAGAGGAAGAUGAUGAUAACGACGAUUCAGAUGAAGAAGAUAAACGUGAUGGAAAUAACAUGGGUAAAAGUUCUGCAAAGAGAGGAAAAAAAGAAAAAAAUGAAGGAAAUAAUUUUGAUGAAGAAAACGAGGCGGAAUCUUUUUUAGAAAAACCACCUGCUCAUGUUCAUAAAAAAAUUCCGUUAUAUGAACUUCUAAAUGAAGAAAACAAAAAUUUGUAUAGAGAAGGAAAACGUAGAAAGAGGCAUGUCGGUGCAAUUGUAAAUUCUUCCUGCGGUUCUUUAGAACCCCAUUCUCAGUUUGAGUUUGGUAUAGAAAAGACAAAUGAAAGUUUAAAACAUUACAAUCAUUCCAAUUAUGAAAAGACUGAUAACGGACAAGAUUAUUAUUACUCCUUCAUUGGGCAAGACCAAGAGAAGGAAAAAACCCUUUACAAAAGAUUUAAAAUAAGUUUGAACAAAUAUGAGGAGUACUUAAAAAACAAACUAAAUAAAUGUGACGUCUCAGAAAAUGGAAUGAGUACAAUUUACAUCAAGUUGUUGUUGCAAAUUGUAAAAGACAAAAAUGACAUCUAUUUAGAUGUCAGCAGAAGGAGCACUGAAAAAUAUAAGGGUGUCUCAGAAUCAGAUAAGGAGAACCCAAAAGGGGGUAACGAAAGUAGGUUCAAGGGUUCUCGAGAGGAAAGUGAAGAAGAAGACGAAGAAAACCGAGAAGAUGACGACAAUGAAGAAAGUGGUAACAAAUAUUCAUAUGUAGAGCUGCAGAAUGUGAGGGUUCACGGAAUCAGUCCACCGUUGAAAAGUGACGAAGCGAACCAACUGUUUAGACAUGACGAAGCGAACCAACUGUUUAGACAUGACGAAGCGAACCAACUGUUGAGACGUGACGAAGCGAACCAACUGUUGAGACGUGACGAAGCGAACCAACUGUUGAGACGUGACGAAGCGAACGAACUGUUGAGACGUGACGAAGCGAACGAACUGUUGAGACGUGACGAAGCGAACGAACUGUUGAGACGUGACGAAGCGAACGAACUGUUGAGAGAGGGAGAGCUGUACUCCUUCUAUCAAAUAAAGGACGAUUUGGAUGGAGAUUCCAUGGGAAAUUAUUACAAAUCUAAAAACGGAUUUUUCAAUACAAUUUUUAAUAAAGUUUUUAGAAGAAAAUCAGAUUCAGAUGAGGAAAGUGAUGAUGAACCACAGGAACGAAAAAGAAAAAGGUGGAAAUUUCCAUGGAAAAAAAGAAGGAAAAAUAAGGGAAAGAAAAAUGACAAUUAUGAUGAUAGUGAUAGUGAUAGUGAUGAUGAUUCAGAUGAUAAUAGAAGUGGUAUGGGUGGUUUAAGUGGUAGAAAUGGACGCAAUAAUGAUGAUGAAAGCAGUGAUGACAAUGAUGACUCAGAUGGAGGUGAGUAUAAUGGUAGUUAUGGCAAUCGAGGAGGAAAAAAAAAAAAAAAAAAAAAAAAAGGUAGAGGGGACAAAAAAGGGGAUAAAGAUAACGAUGGCGAAGGUCAUGAUAUGAAAAGUAAAAUCGGAAAUUUUUUUACAAGAAUGAAAAAGAAAAUUAUACCAGAUAAACAAAAAUUACAUAUCGAAGCAUUUUUCAACAGUAUUAUAGUAAAAUCAUGCAAAAAUUCACUUAAGUGGAAAGGUAACAUGUUCAAAAAACAAUCGUUAGUUGAGAUGACGCUUAAAGUCCCCGUGAAAAUGAAAUAUAUAAAGGGUGAGCCAUUAAAUUUUUUCAGAUCUGGAUAUGAGGUCAUUUUAACUUGUCGAAAUUGUGAUGAAAUUUUGUUUAAUUCCUGUGUUCAGGUCUACUGCACUAAGAAAGGAAGCCACGUUAAACAGAUUUUGAAGGAGCACAAUGAAAACAAGAAGAAGGGUACUGCAUUACAACAUGCAGCAACAACACUCGCUGCUGGUACUAUUGCAGCUGGAGCAAUGGGUACGACAGGGGCUGCAAUGGGUUCAUUUACUGAAGGGACAACACUUGGUUCUCCAUAUAAUAUGUAUUCAGGAAAUUCAUCAGACUUUGCUCCAUUGCCAAUGUACGAUUACAACAAUCCAUAUUUUCCAGGAAAUAUAAAUUCCACAUUCGAUUAUUUCAGUGGUGAUAAGCACACGUACAUCAAGAAGUUCAUAAUUUUUGCAACACUUUUACUUACUCUAAUGAUAUAA